AUGUCUCGAAUACUUCUAAUUCUCCUCAACAUUUUAGUCUCGUCCUCAAGUUAUAUCGUAAUUUUUUGGGGGAGACCAGCUGACUAUACUGGAGUUACAACAAAUAGCGCUGAGAAUUAUACAGCGUGUUGUGAGGCAUGUGCAAAUCUGACAAAUUGUUCCGCUAUUUAUUUCUACCGUUCUUGCUAUCUCUACAAUUAUAGCGAUAUUUAUGCGAUCGAAAUUUUGAACAACACAAAAACCGAGAUAGCUGGUUUCCAAAAGUGGUGCAAUAAUUUCAUCUUGUCCAAGUAGAAUGAAAACAAUAUACUAUUCAAAAAACUAUACAUUCAGUUCAGAUGGAACAUUUUGGAAUAUAACCGGUCCAUGUCCAAGAGAUUGGUAUUUGUCAGCCAGAUCUGAUACUGAUUGGUGUAUGCAAGUUUUCGACGGCAAAGCAAUAAAUUAUUCAUCUUCUGUAACAUAUUGCAAGAUAAACUAUGCCGCAGUUUUAUCUGGAGUGAGUACAGCUAAGGAACGAACCUAUGUUCUUGACAACAGUCACAAACUCUAUACCGGAGCACAGAAAACUGUUAUAAUCGAUGGACUUUUAAACAACAAUUGCACAGUCUUAAUGUCUCAGAAAAAUAAAAAUGGAACUUGUAGUUGGCCGAAAUCAUACUUCUUCAAUGACAAAUACAUAACCAAUUAUGAAUUUUAUACAUUUUCAAAUGGAAAUCCUGAUGCGUAUUAUUCUAACGGAGAAUAUCAACAAGCUAUAAUUAUGUAUUCAUUUAAUGGACAGCCUCAAGAUGGAAUAUUUGACGACACGAUGUGAGUUGGGAUCGCUAGAAAAUGUUGAGAAGAUUUGAGUAUUUCAGGCUUUCAGCAAAUGCUGAAAUGUUGGUUUGUGGAAAGUUGGCGACAAUUGUUGGAGAAUAA